AAUAAUAUAAUAAUAAUUAAAUUUAAUGGAGACAAUUGAAGAAGCUCCCAUGCAAAGCUGGGGUUGGAUGAUCGGUGACGAGAGUGGAAUUGUUGAGCAAAUUGAAAUCACACAUUUUCCAGAUGGAAGAGAGAUCAAUGUCCACUCUAUUCUCUCUAUCAUUACCCACAUUUUAAAAGAUUGUGCCAUUCAUCAUGAUUCUUCAUCAGAAGAGGUUUCAGAAGAUGAAGCAGAAACUGUGGAUGAGGUGGUGCAACAUGAAAUACACAAACUUUCACCCAAGGUAGCAUACCUGAGUUCAGAAGUUGGGGAUGUGCAUGAAAAGACAGUGGAUGUGUUCAACAUGCUAUCAAACUACCAAUGGGAAGCAAAGCUCACACUGGCACUGGCAGCCAUUGUUACAAACUAUGGGGAGUAUUGGGUUGUUGCUCAGUCAAAUAAUCCCCACAAGGAACUAACCAAGAUGAUGAAGUUUCUGAGGCAAAUGGGGGAGAUUAAUCUUGCAGACCACAAAUCACACUUUGAUGUACUCCAUGCUCUAUUCCAAUCCAUGUUGGAUGUCAUCAAAGGAAUCAUGAAGAUUAAGGACUUCAUGCUGCAAUCCUCCUCUGAUUAUGAUUAUGAACCCACAAUUUCUAUAGCAACAACCAUUACUGUCAUUGCUAGCUACUGGACCGUCAGAUCUAUUCUUAUCUCUGCACCUUACAUCCAUUCCCUCUUCGCAAACGAUUAUGAGCCAUCCGCCUCUGCUUCUAAGGAACGGGAACUGCGUAUCAUGACUAGGAAACUUGGAGCUCUACUCACGUGUCUUCAAAAUCAUGAAAAGAAAAGCUUAGAGAAACAGCAGUGUAUUGCUGAGGAGAAACGGUACAGAGAAAUGAUGUGUGCUUUUGAGGAAGACCAUGCUGACAAUAUGAGGAUUCUCAAAUUGUUGUUCAAGUCCAAAGACAAUAACAAUAAUAAUAAUGAUUUCGCACCAAUUGUUGAUUGCUCAACCAACCAAAGGGUUGAGUUAGUAAGUUUGAAGAAGAAGAAUGUGGUGCUGAUGCUAUCAUCAGGCAUAGACAACAUUAUCUCCAAGAGAAUACUUGAUAACCUUGCAAAAAUCUGGAAUGAUAUCUGUGAAUUGGAAGGCGGAAAUGAUGAGUGCAAAUUGAUAUGGUUCCCCAUUGUUAAACAAUGGGAUGAUUCCAUGCAGCACAAGUUUGAAGAAAUGCGUUCCAAAAUGCCAUUCUAUUCAACAAGUGAUCCCAGAUGCAUACAUCCAACCACCAUUAAAUUUAUGAAAGACAAGUUUGGUUUGAAAAGAGAGAGUAUCCAGCUGGUUGUAAUGGAUGGCGUUGGCAAGAUUCUUCAUCACAAUGCAUUCCAUGUGUUAUGGAUGUGGACAGCCAUGGCAAGAAGUUUCAUGACAGAGAACCCCACCCCCAGUAGUAAACUUGCACCCUUUCCUCUUUCAAUGGAACUACUGCAAGAAUACUAUUGGAAAACCCAUCAUUGGAGCUUCACGGAUUUGUUUCUGGGCAUUGAUGACAAGACAAUAGAUUUGAUUUCUAAAACAAAACAUGCGUGGAUAAUUGGAGGGGACGACAACAUGGAAUUGGUUAAAAGAUUGGAGACCAAAAUCAAUGCUCUUGAUCAAACCUACAAAACCAGCUCUGGCAUUGUGUACAUUGGGAAAAGCAGAGUUACCUGGAGUAACAAGCAGCAGGAAUAUCGCCAUAGCUGGGAAGAUAAUGAUGAGAACAAAACAUGGUUGUUUUGGGGUCGAGUUGAGAGCAUGCUCCUCUCCAGGCUUCAUUUCCUGAAACGUUCAUCAGGGCAUAAUGAUGAGAAUGAGGACGAAGCAGCAAAAACUCUCAAGAAGCUGCUGAGUUUCAACAAGCAGCAUAAUAAUCCUCAACCAUGGCUCAUAUUUUGUUGUGUGAAGAAGGAGGAGUCACAGGGGGGAUGGAGGAAUGAAUGUUAUGUAAUUGAAGAUGGGUUGACCACGUUGGAUGCAGUAGUUUCAAAGGGGACAUGGGAAGAAUGCAUCAAUAUACUUGGAGACAGUAGUAGUGAAUUGCAUAACCUGGGACCUCCCCCGCGGGUGCAGUUCUACACUACUACUGGUGAGACUCUGUGUGGAAAUAUGAUGAGGUGUCUACACUGUCAAUCCGUCAUGGAGAAGAACACUGUAUUGUCGUGCUGCCACCAUCUCUAACAACAUAUAUUAUUGUGCUUUGCUUCUGCAUGCUCAUCUCUACGUUUAUCAUUUCAUUUCUCCCAAACAACAGCCCAGGGGCCGGUGUCUUAUAUAUAUAUGGGUGAAUUAUAUUGUCAACUAAUAUAAUGCAUUUAAAUGUAAUAAUACUAAUAUAUAUGGGUGACCACAGAGUGGAUUUGGAGUGAUUUUA